AUGGCAGACUUAGGCCGCUUGGCCAUCCAGCUCGCCGAGACGGAAAUGCCUCAGUUAAUGGCUUAUCGUGACGAGUUCAGCUGCUCCCAACCUUACAAAGGCCUCAAAAUCGCCGAUUGUGGCAACUUAACGGCUGAAACCGCUGUCGUUUUCGAGACUUACGCAGCCCUCGGUGCCUAUGUUCUGUUGUGCUCCUCCCCGCUGAAGGAUCCUGUUGUAGCUGCCAUCAUCGCGCGUGGCAACGCCGCCUUGUUCCCUUGGCCUCUUGAUUGGGGCAACGGUGGUGCUCCCCAUCUGAUUCUUCGCCCCGGCGAGAUUUAUUGGAAUAAUACUGUGGGUGUGACAAAGGAGAUGGUCGCUGAUGCCAAGAAGCUUUAUGAGGAUUAUAUGGCUUUCUCCAAGAGCAAGGUCACUUGCACGUACGGCUUUCCCCAUUUGCUUAUGAGAGCCACUAAUGGGACUAUUUCCGGCAAGUUUGUUGUUGUGUAUGGAUUUGGGGAUGGUCAGAGCUCCACUGAUGCUCUACUGAUGCAACUUGGUCCACACGUACGAGUGGCUACGACAGCUAUAACCAACGAGGAUGUUCUCCGUGAGGGUGACAUAUUUGUUAACACUGUGGGUGACAAAGACACCAUCAUCAAGGUUAAUCACAUGAAGAAGAUGAAAAAUGAUGCCAUUAUUUGCAACCUGGGUGAUUUUGACAGUACUGGAAUUGACAUGAGCGAGCUUACUACAUAUCCAGACGUGAAGCGCAUAACCAUGGAGCCUGGAAUAGACAAAUGGGUCUUCCCUGAGUCUAACACAGGCAUCGUCGUAUUAGCUGAGGGACUUCCAAUGAAGAUGGGUCUUUCCUUUGCGGACCAUGGAGCCGGGUCGACAAAUGAACCAGGUUCGGGUUUGGACGAUCAUGAGGUUGUGGCUUCUCCUUCAGUUGCCAACCUUGAAGCUGAUCAUGGUGAUGAAUCGACCAAUGAUGUACGGCCUGAGUUCAUUAGCUUGUCUAUUAAUGGAGGCGAUCAUAAUACAAACCUCAUCACUUUAGGUGCGGGCCAUGGAGCCAGGUCAACAAUGGCAUCUCCUUCUGUUGCCAACAUCGAAGCUGACAUACAGCCUGAGUUCACUAGUGUGUCCAUUAGUGGAGGCGAUCAUACAAACCUCAUCGCUGAUGAUGGGAUUGGGAUGAACUUCAACAUCAUGGGGAUGCUGCCUCGCAAUUCGCGUACCUUUGUGAUUCUCGUCAUAUUGCUCACUGCUGUCGCUGGGAUGGUUUCCAAGAUUGUGUGA